AUGUCUCAGAAGAAUCAUCCGCAUCUCAUAUACGGGGCGCAAGACAGGCGAGUACGUCCGGAACAUGACUGCCACGCUAGCUGGUCCACAAGUGCCCCUACUGGAAAAGGUCAAACCACAAAAACUGGCUUGGUUUGGACCAGUCACGGGAAGGAUGAUGAUGACAUGGAUAAAGAAAUAAUUUGUAUGGAUCACAUACAAAGAGAGAACAGAGGAUCUGAACAUAAGGUGUUUGACGACCCAGUUCAUGGCCAUAUUUCACUUCACCCGUUGUGUGUGAAGAUCAUAGACACACCGGAAUUCCAGAGACUGCGCUUUAUAAAACAACUUGGUCCCGUUUACUUGGUGUAUCCAGGGGCCUCGCAUAACAGAUUCGAACAUUCACUCGGGGUUUGCCAUUUAUCUGGUCAUCUUGUAAAGACUCUUCAGAAACGACAACCGGAGCUUCAAAUUUCCGACGAAGAAGUUCUUUGCGUGAUGAUUGCUGGACUCUGCCACGAUUUAGGUCAUGGGCCUUUUUCCCAUUUGUUUGAUCAGAGGUUCAUUCCCUCCGUGUGUCCUCAUGAACAUUGGAAGCAUGAGGACGCCUCGGUAAUGAUGUUUGAUCACAUGGUAACAGAAAACAAGUUAGAAUGCGAAUUUGAUUACAAUAAAAUCAAUGCAGAUAUGAGAACAUUCAUCAAAGAUUUAAUUCAAUGCAAACCAGAAAAGAACCGAGAUGAAAGGAAGGGAUUUUUCUAUGAGAUUAUUUGCAACCAACGGAACGGAAUCGACACAGAUAGGUGUGACUACAUCGCAAGAGACUGUUUACUGCUUGGGAUUCGAAGCAGCUUUGACCACAAGCGUUGCAUGAAAUACGUCCGUGUUAGCAAAGCACACAGUCCCGCCACAGAACCGCAGCUUUGCUUUCGAAACAAAGUAGCCACCUUCAUCAUCUUAGCACUGGCUUAUGUUAAAGACAAAGGGAAGAAACUGCAAUAG